AUGCCCGCCGCCGGUCGCUACACCCCACCUCCACCACCGCUGUCGCAGCAGCAGCAGCAUCAGCAGCCGUCUCAUCUCUCCACCUACUCGCUCCCGCCCGCGCCCGGCUUCCUGCCUCCGCCCUACUCGCCUCCGCAGGGUGUGCCGCCGCAGCCGAUGCACGCUCCGAUCGCGCCCGCGCCCCAGCGAGUGCGGCCCCAGGACUACGCGCAGCAUCCGCAGCACCGCUCGUCGCCGCCGCUGCUGUUCAGCACCGGCGACAGCCUGCUGGGUCCCGCGGGCGAGGAGGAUCAGCUGGAUCCCGCGGGAGGUUUCGGCGUAGGCGGCAGGCGGGCUGGGGGCCGGCUCUACCACUCAAACCCGCUACCCACCAACCCCCAUCGCUACCAGCACUUCAUGGAGGCCGGCGGCGAUCACGUUGGCGACGGCAGCAUGCCCUCGGUCCCGACGCCGCCUUCGCUCUCGCCCACACUCGCCCUCCCCACGUCGCGAAGCGGGCCACCACUCCCUUCGGGUCCGCCAUCGCAGCAGUCGAGUGGCGAACAGCACUUCUACGGCGGCCAUCAGCAGCAACAGCACCACCUCUUCGACCAACAUCAACUGCAGCAGUCUCACGCACCACUGGACUACUAUGACUGGGAGCAAUUCCAGGGGUCUUCUUCCGAGGACAACAAGUACCACCAGCAGGGCGAGUAG